AUGCCACUGGCUAUAUCGCAUUUUGGAAUCGUGCUGGGUAUAUUUGUGAUUCUGUGGUCGGGUGUUACUGCAGGGUUUGGCCUCUACCUUCAAUCGCGAUGCGCGCAAUAUCUGGACCGGGGCAGCGCUUCCUUCUUUGCACUCUCGCAACUCACAUACCCAAAUGCUGCCGUGGUGUUUGAUGCAGCCAUUGCUAUCAAAUGUUUUGGCGUCGGGGUGAGCUAUCUCAUCAUUAUCGGCGACCUCAUGCCAGGAGUUGUCCUGGGAUUCGUGGGCGGUGAUCCUGCCUAUGACUUCCUGGUUGAUCGGCAUUUCUGGGUGACUGCUUUCAUGUAUGUGCUUCUGCAAAGUAUUCCCAUUCAUCUGACAAUUUUACUAACUACCGUGCUCAACAGGCUAAUCGUAAUCCCCCUCUCCUACCUGCGCCGCUUAGACUCCUUAAAAUACACCAGCAUUGCCGCUCUUGUGUCAAUGGCCUACCUGGUUGUCUUGGUUGUCUAUCAUUUCAUCAGGGGUGACACAAUGGCGGAUCGAGGUCCUAUUCGCGUUGGCCAUUGGGCAGGCGCGAUUCCGACUUUGAGCAGUCUCCCAGUGAUCAUUUUCGCAUUUACAUGCCACCAGAAUAUGUUUUCGAUUCUUAACGAAAUCGCCAACAACAGCCAUUUCCGCACCACUAGUGUUGUUCUCGCUAGUACAGGUAGUGCCGCCGCCACCUACAUCCUUGUCGCCAUCACGGGCUACCUUUCUUUUGGCAACAAUGUCGGAGGCAACAUUGUUGGCAUGUACCCCCCUGGUGUUUACGCCACCAUCGGCCGAGCCGCGAUUGUCAUGCUGGUCAUCUUCUCCUACCCAUUGCAAUGCCAUCCUUGCCGAGCUUCAGUUGAUGCUGUUCUGAAAUGGCGACCUCACUCUAAGUCGCAAUCCACUGGGGAAAAUGGCUCACCCCACCGGCACCCGCUGUUAGGACCACGUGGGAACCGUACACCAGAACCGAUGAGUGACCUUCGCUUUUCGGUCAUCACUACCACGAUCCUCAUUCUGAGCUAUAUUGUAGCAAUGACUGUAUCAUCCCUGGAGGCUGUACUCGCCUAUGUCGGCAGCACUGGUAGCACGAGUAUUAGUUUCAUUCUACCAGGCUUGUUCUACUACAAGAUCUCAGCACCGGAUUCACCCGCUCACCGUGCUCUCCUAAAGGAAGAUGACGAGGCUGCGGAUAAUAUAUCUGACGAGGACGAGGAUGCUGACGCUGAUGAUGAGGGCUCUUUGGCCCGAUCUUUGACUGAGAGUGGCAUUCUACGUCGCCAUACCCGUCACUGGCCCAAGUCGGUGUUACGCCGGCUAAGCUUGGCUCUGGCUGGGUACGGCGUUGUUGUCAUGGUUGUAUGCUUGAUCACGAACACGUUCUUCAUCGCCUCGCACUGA